AUUUUUAUUGUGUAGAUACAUUAAAUUAUCUUUACGAUUGGAGUAGUAUGUGAUAGUUUAAACGGAUAAAUAUGGGUUCACUAAUUCGCAUUGAUUAUUUAUGAAUAACCUUUGAAAUCAAGGGGUAUAAUAACGUAUGAAUGAUGCAUUCUAUAUUUUGGACAGGCAGAGUGUUAUCACGUGCUAUAAGAAAUGGACUUUCGAAUUUAUCAAGUGCUACUGAAUUAAACGUCUCCAACAAAAAACAUCCAUACUUAGUGUCAGUGGUUUGUGGUUUUCCAAAAGACAUUGCUAAUGGUAGGUCACAUAAGGGGCAAUUUGGCGACGAUGCAUGGUUCUCUACCAACUUCAACAAUGCGGAUGUUAUCGGUGUUGCUGAUGGAGUUGGAGGAUGGAGAGCAUAUGGAAUUGAUCCAGGGGAGUUUUCAUCAUAUCUCAUGAAGACAUGUGAGAGGCUUGUACGUAUGGGCCAUUUCAAACUGUCUGAGCCUGGUGAUCUUCUAGCAAAGUCUUAUUAUGAAUUACUGGAGCAUAAAAAACCGAUUUUAGGUAGUAGCACAGCUUGUGUGAUGAUACUGGACCGCAACGAGAGUAUAAUGCGGGCAGCUAACAUCGGCGACAGUGGAUACAUGGUUGUCCGAGGGAGUCGCGUCGUCCAUCGAUCUCACGAACAACAACAUUACUUCAACACGCCAUACCAACUCAGUCUGCCGCCACCUGGACAUGACAGAAAUGUACUAAGUGACAGGCCCGAAUCAGCGGAGACGGCCGAAUUCAAAGUGGAGUGCGGGGACGUCAUCCUCGUGGCCACUGACGGCGUGUUCGACAACGUGCCCGAGACGGUGCUAGUCGCGGAGAUGCGGCGCGCGCACGGCGCGGAUAACGACGCGCAGAAGCUACAAGCGGUGGCCAACUCGAUCGCAUGGAUGGCGCGUAAUUUGUCCUUCGACGGGUGUUACAUGUCACCGUUCGCUAAGAGCGCCCGCCAGAACGGCAUUGAUGCUAUAGGUGGAAAGCCAGAUGACAUAACAGUGCUCCUCGCAAUAGUAGCACUAUGAAAAUGUCAAUGUGAUGGAUUUAGUUUAGAUUUUAUUUGGUCUCAACAAGGACCGCUUACAAAAUUAGUUUUUAUAAACGACACCAAAAAACGAAUAUUUGGUUAUUCUUAAAUAUUAUCUUAAUAUUUUUUGGCGACUUUUUUUACUAAUCUUGUGUUUGCAAAAUAAUGUAAUUUCGGGGUCUAAUAUUGUUUCCUUAAUGUCACCAUUAGAACAGAACACUAGUCACUUGGUGUUAUCCAUUAAAUCAUUAACAAGUUGAUUUGGAACUGUAAUUGUGAUUUAUAGUGUUGUGGUUUGAAUUGAAAUACACGCGUUUAUGCCUUUGUUAA